AUGACAAAAGAAGAAAAUAACGCAAGCGACCAGCUUGUUCCUUCAAGUAAGGAAGUGAAUGCGGCAGAUAAUUCAAGAUAUCGGAAAUGGGCACAGCUGGAUCGAAGUAGACGGUUGAAAGCAAGCGCCAGAGAACGAAAACGGCGACAUGUUUUGAACAACGCUUUAGAACUUUUACGGAAGAAGGUCCCGUGUGUUGAUCAAAACCCACAGAAACUUUCCAAAAUUGAAGUACUACGUAUGGCUAUCGACUACAUAGCCAUGUUAAGUUGUUAUUUGAAAGGAUCUCAGUCUGCAGCGAUGUUAGCGGGGCAGCUUCCACAAGUGGAAGUUGCAGCAUCCAUCUCACCAAAUCGAAGCGGAACUCCUAGCGUUCUAAUGCACGACCAAGCGGUUACCAUUGUCGUCCCAAAAACUCUGGAUCAAUUUCAGGUAAACUCACUACGCAGUUACAAUCCGAAAAAAUGAUUUUCCCGCUUGGAGUUCAUUAGUUAAGUCAAAUCGUACUUUGUCACAAGAACUUCUCGAUUUAGCACAUUCCAUUGAGAUGAAAUGCGAGGUCUAAUUUCCUCUUCUUGUCGUUUCGCAGAUGGGAGAUCACUAUGGUAUUAAAAGCUCAGAGCUGGACGUAUACCUGAAAGGAUUCCAAGACUUUGCUCACGAUUAA